CUGAGCCUGAAGUCAUCACCGUCAGUGAUAAUGAGUCUUCUCUGGACAGGGAGCAGAGCCAGCAGCAGCCACAUCUUCCCAUAGCAUCAGAGAAUUCUGUUGAGCCACUGGCAAGGAAUGAUGAAGAGGAGCCAAUAGAAGAGGAUGAUGAUUGGCUGCGAUUUGAUUUUGAUCGUCCGUUUUGGUCAGAUGAGGACUCAGAGGCCUGGGAGCAGAACCAGGAGCUUUUGCAUCUUUCCAGAUCAGCAGAGAAUUCAGCUGAUGCAGUGACAACUCAUGAUGAAGAGGAACCAAGAGAUAAUGAUGGUGCAUGGCCAGCUGGUCCUGCUAGUCCUCCCAUGAGUGAGGGUGACAACUCACAGGUGCAGGACAGGGAGCAGAGCCAGCAGUACCUACUUGGUGACAGACAGACAGAGAGUUCAGCUGAGCUACGGGCGAGUGACAAUGAAGAGGAACCAAGAGAUAACAAUGAUGCAUGGACAGCACGUGUCAUUAGUCCUCCGAUUUGUGAGGAUGACAAUGCAGAGAAGGCCCUCUAGUAGUCUCCUCUGCGUGAUAUGCAUGAGUUGCUACUCACAGCUUCUUCAAGUUCAUAAACAGCAAAGGAGAAAGGCCACCCUGAAGAGACAUGGACAGGUAGAUGGCUCUGGUAAUGGAACAGGAGCUAAUGAUGUACCUGCGGCUGACUCAGCCCCUGCAGAACAGGGAGCAGUAGAGGAGGGAACUGCACUUUCAGAUUCUGUUUCCUCUAGUGCGGAGCAAGGAGUUGUUAUUAGGUGUCCGAUUUGUAUGGAUACUUACUCAGAGAUUGUGCAAAGUGGACGAUUGAUGGUGGCAACCAUGUGUGGCCAUGUCUUCUGCAGCGAGUGCCUCCCUGUUGCCCUCGAGACUGUCGGCAUGUGCCCAACAUGCAGGGAGGAACUUACUCCAGAUCUGUAUAUUCCCAUUUAUUUAUGAGUGCUUCUCAGGACACACUCAGAUGGAGCUUGGACA